GGCGACGGCGGCGGGUCAGGAGCGCUCCGCCGGGGCGGCAGUCAGAUGAGCGUUCCCCCCUGUCCGACUUAGGCCGUGCCCGGUGACGAUGACGGCCAGCCUCUCCACCAGCCUUGUGGCGCCGCUGCUGAUGCUGCUAGUCUCAGACUGGCAGCUACCGACCGCAGAGGGUUCCUACAGCUCGCUGUCGACCUCCUCUAACAUCACUCACGUGGGCGGCGAGCAGUUCUUCUGCGAGGGCGCCGACCGGCGCCCCGUGCCACAUGAUCAGAUCUGUGACGGCGUCAACGACUGUGAAGGCCGAGAGGACGAGACCAACUGCCACGAGUGCAAGAGCACAGGCUGGCGGUGCCUCACCAGUCACGAGUGUGUCUCGGCGCUCAACAAGUGUGACGGCGUCACCCACUGCCCGGACGGCAGUGAUGAGGACCGGCGCGACUGUAUGCUCGAGCCGUGCCACGGCAAGAACCGCUUCAAGUGCGCCAACGGAGUCUGCGUUGACGCAGAGGAGAGGUGCGACUGCCACCCGGUGUGUUCAGACGGCUCAGACGAGUGGAACUGUGGCACCGAGCGGCGCUCCUGCCGACCGCACGAGUUCAGUUGCACGCUCUCCGGGCCGCCGCGGCUCUGCCUGAAAAGGUGUAAUGUGUGUGAUGGCCACAUGGACUGCCCGCACGGAGAGGAUGAGAAGAUCUGCCGCGAGUGUCGGCACGGCGCCUUCCACUGCCGAUCGGACGUCUGCAUCGAGCAGUUCAGAAGGUGUAACGGCGUGGAGGACUGUGACGGCGGCGAGGACGAGCUCGACUGUCCCGAGGAGCCGCGCUCGCCGGUCAGCGCCGGCCGCCGGCCGCGGCACCCGGAGGCCGGGGGUCGCGCCGGCGCCGCCGGGCCGACCGCGCUGCUCGGCGCCGGCCUGCCGCCGACACUGCUGACGCUGCUGCUGCUGACGCUGCUAACGCUCCGCUGAACACACCGCUCUGCGCCAGCCGCCGCCGCCGGCCGGCGUGGGACCCGGCUGCGGCAGACCCACCGUGUCUGUCACCGCAGACAACGGCAUCAGCUUCAGCCAUUCAUUCACCAUGCGAUCAUGUUGAUUGGUUAUCUCCGCAAUCAGCAAGUGACCGGCUGGGUAAAAGAACGGAUUCAUAUCCGAACUCCGGUGCCAAUUUUGUACAGGGUGGUUUCCAACAUGGCUCAAACAUGGAAUCUCAACCAUUAAAUAUUUAUUUCUUACAGAGGAACUUGUAGAUAUCAAAAUGCGACAUGGACCACUUCUUGGUCUGAAGGGCUAUUUGUAAUUAUGGUCGGAUCGCCCCCGAACCUGACCACUGUGCGCUGCGCGGCGGUCUCGCCGGGCUCACCUUUUACAGCCCUACCGAGUCGUCUCGCUGGGGAUUUUGUAUGGAGCGCGCCCAUUGGGGGUUGUAUGUAGUGCAUGGUAAUUGUAUUGGACACUUGUAUAGUCAGCGGGAGUUGCACAGCUAUGGCAGGGUCCGAGACGACCUGGUUUAAGCAGCCGAAGGUCAGAAGGCCAGAGUGCCCCACCAGGCAGCGUUCGUUUUCAGUAAGGCACCGCCCUCACACUAGCUAUCCGACCCGUCUGAUUCCAGCCAGCCAGUCAGCAGAAAUUCCAGGCGAUAAAUUAUCGCGUCGGUCUAUGGCUCAUCUAUCGACCCGGCCGAUGUCGCUGGGUCAGUUCGAUUUUCGGCGGCUACUGUUCCAGGUCACCGGUCAUGGCGGGCUGGGAGCCAAGGCCUUGCAUUGCCUUGUAAUUUGCGUACCCUCGCUUCCCCUUUUCCUUAAUCCUUUCAUUCCCCGACACCCACCAUCUCCUUGGCGGCUCUGGGCUCAGUCAUCGCAUUGGCUCCUGGCCACGGGUCGCGGUGUCGACACAAAUUAAUUGCAAGUACAAUAGCGAGGUCACUCGUCGCUCCCCACCGGGCCCAAGCAACCAGUGGCAGCUAAUGUUAGCGGGUAUGACGGCCAGCCAAUGGUUGAGAGCUUUGCGAGACAUCUUUUUAUACGUUUAUGUGAAGUGCUAUCGAAGCUGUGCGCUUCACCGAAUCUCGAUAGAGCUGAAGUUUAUUUUUAUUUAUUUACACUGGUCCAUGUAGGUAUUAGUAAAGUAAUCUUGCAUGUAGGAUUGUAGGAUGUAGGUGCGUGUAGACUGUAGCUGUAGCGAACAUACUGAAGAACCUCCGUCGGUCGCACGUCAGUAGGUUUACAAGAGAUUCCUGGGUCAUUAAAUUAAAUUAAAUGAAUUACAUUUGAUUGGGUCUGGUUAUUGUACUGAAGUAUGUUACGUGCCAUGAUUUGAGAUUGCAAACAUUCUUCGUCAUUUGCAUUAAUUUUAGGGCCGCUUAAUCUUUUUACAAGCCUUCCCAUGGAAUCAAAUGAGGUACCUACUCGUUGCCUUAUACGAUUCCCGCGCAGCCUUCAAAAUAAUUAAAAAGCAAUAUAAAGUUUUUCGCAAUCUUCAUCUCCUGUUAUAUUUACUAAGAUUGCAUUUUCCUACAUGCCGGGGUAUGUCUUAACCACAGCACGAGCCGGGCAGUAAAACUAUGACCAAGAAACUGUCGGUGUCAAAAUGCCAUGUUAUUUGAUAGGCCGGGCAGGAAACAAAAGUUUACUGCCCGAGUUUACUGCCCAGGGCAAUGACCUCUAAACUAUAGAGUUUAUCGCGUUAGCUCGCAUUAACCCAGGGAAUAUAUAAUUGACAUCAUUAUUGCAUGAUAUUUGCAUCGUAAAAUUAGAAAGCUAACUUUUUUUGUAAAAAAAUAUCUGCUCUGCUUAUAAAGGGCUUUGAAAUAUUUUGUAUUGGCUACAAAGCCAAAAUUAUGGUUAGAUAUGCGCCUAUUAACCGAAAUCCAUUAUCGUUUGUUGUCUUAUCUUCGUUUUAUAUAUACACUGUCUCCUUGGGCCUAAGUUUAUUCAUUUAUUGCGUUAUUAUUUGACAGCUGUAGUCCUUUCCUCGAAACAAACAUGUAAAAUUUAAAUAUGGAAAAUAUAAUGUAGUUCACGAACAUUUUGCCAUAGGGCGUCAACAAAGCACGAUUACAUACCUAUAUAAAGCAAAGAUUUUUGCAAGAAAACUGGAAAAUUCACGUUUUAUCACUAGGAAUAGUAAACCUUCUUCUUGUUCUUAUGUAGUGGCAAAUCAUUCAUGUAUUAUGUUCCUUGGAUAUCCAAUUGUUGUGCCAUUCUGAGGAAAUAUUUUCAGAGACGAUUCCGUUUGAAGUAAGGUAUUUUGAUGCAUUUUCGUCCAUGAAUUUCCUUCAAAGCUUCAUCCACAGCAGUAGCGCAAUCAUUGUUAGAAAAUUAUGGACAAAACAAUUGUAUAAGUGUCACCAAAACCUGUCAAAACGUUUUAAUAGGUAUGCGGCAUGUAGGAAAAAUCUUACUGACCUCAGCCGUACGAAAUUAUUUGGAAACUCGGCUUGCAAAAUUUGACUCCGGCCCUCGUGCUCCGCACUCGGGCCUCCGUCAAUUUUGCAAACCUCGUUUCCAAAUAAUUUCGUCGGCCCGGUCAGUAAUAUAUAUUCAUAUUACCGUUAUUUAAAGAACCGCAGUCUCCGCCUUACUUUUGUACUAGUGUGCACCUGUAUUUGUCACUGUUCCUGGAUCUCUUUUUUUCCAGACAUUAUUCGUGGAUGGCUUGCAAAUAGGUAGGGUAUAGCUACUUAAUCAUGUCGUGGAGGUGUGUAAAUAUGAAUGUCUGUGUGUUUGUGUGCAUAUAAAAGUUAUUUUGUAGGUAUUUAACGUGGCACACGACGAUGCAUGAAUGGUUUAUAGAUACUAAGCACCAUCGUUUCCGUCUUCUGAGGCGCACAAUACAGAAACAUAGCAAAUAGGCCGAACAAUUUAAAGUUGCUGAAAACGCGUAAACUCAGUUUAUGUCAGCCUUCUCCGUGCUUGCUCUCAUUUAUCAUUUCUAAGCAUCCGCUGCAGUUUUGCCUCUGCCUCAACACUCAAUCCAGGAUAUUGUUCAAGCCGACGAGCACUAAUACCGAGCCAUGACAAGUUGUCAAGGACAGUAAAGACAGGCGAAACUUCUACGGAUUAUCGAAAACCUGAGCAACAAACCAAUCGGGAUACUAUUUUCUCGACCACAACAUGUUAUAAAUCACUAAAGUGCAGCGCACAAGACGUUCACCGAUAGCUCCUCGCGGGGUGUGCAUUCAGUUUAGCCAAUGUGCAUAAGGAUAACGAGAGAAAGGGGAAAGAAGGGGAUUGAGAGGAGGGAGUGGAGGGACCAAGGGCCGGACUGAUGCAUGUACAAAGCGCCCCAGCGCCUGGAGAGGUGAGGUGGGGAGGAGCAAGUGGGGAGUGGGCUCAUCAACAAAACAAGUGGACUAAGGAAUAAUGAAGGGAGAGAGAGAGAGAGAGAGAGAGAGAGAGAGAGGGGGGGGUCGAUCGUUUAGACGGUCAGAUAGACUGAUUAGGGGAGACUGAUAUGGGGUAAGCCGUAAGUACUGUAAGGGACGUUCAAAUCGUCCAGUGGAAUAAAGGGAGGAAUGGCAGAUACUUUGCAUAGGUAGAAACUAAGGAUGAUGACAGCAGCACAAUGUUUAGUUAAUGUAGGUAAGGUGGACUGAGCAGCAAAUCAGAAUAUCAUUUAAAGUCGGAGGAGGAGGGAGUAGAGUAUGUACCUAUCUUCAGCCGAUGGCUGCACGAGUUACUGAAAACGGGCUCAGAGAGCUGGAACCUCUCUGCACGUGAGUGGAUGGAUCAAUGACUUGCUGCGCUCUUUGCUGACAAAAUCUAUCGUACAAAAAGGGAGAGAUGAAAAAUAACUUAUUGUUUUAAUCGUACGAUGUCAUGUCUACAGCCGUACGGGACACCCACAAAUUCAAAUGAUAUCAUGAUCGGUUUUUUUAUGCAGAAGUACACUACUUUUAUUUCCUUGCUCCGUAAGACGUGCCAAAUGCAGUGGUGUAAGAUAAGAAAGAAAUUUCUAAGAAACUACUGCACAGGCGAAAACCGCAGACAAUGUUCAUUGUUCAUGUCAUUACCGAGCGUAACUACUUCAUCGAAGAAGGUCAAAAUUCAUACUAAAAUGUCAGUGGCGUGCGUUCUCGCAACAGCAAAAUUUGCCCCUUUCAAUGCAGCAAAGCUCCAAUAUUCGGUUCGAAGAAAUUUGCAAGCUUCACAGGAAGUGUCCAUUUCCGACGAAAGAAUGUGCGCGCGCUAAGUGACCUGAUUGCGAGGGGCCAAUAUUUCACGAUAUGGUGUUUGAAUAACUUUGAACACUGGUGGAUAUUGAAGCUGAAAUGGAGCAUGGUGCGGUUGAUGGAGAUAAGCGUGCAACGUGUGAGGAGAUAUGGUAGAUUCUAAGAGUGGGAGAUAACUUAAAAUAUGUUCAUGAGGAGCAGUGCACUGUCGAGCUGAGGAAAGUCGCAGGUUAGUCGCUGGCGGUUGAAAAGAUCGAGAGGGUCUAGACAUUUUUUAGAAACAGUAGCGAACAUGUAGACUGUAGACUAGAGUUGGCAGCCAUGCCUGGUAGGGUGCGCUGACUGGAAGUGAUCAGAAACGCAGACGGAAGGAAAGUCCAUCAUAGUCACUGAACUUCCCACUUAUGGCUAAAUUGGUAUGGAGUACCAACAAAUGUCAAUGGGGCUUAGUUUUCCUGGAAUUGGCAUCUCUGACGAGGCUCAUCUGGCUGUGGUGUGAAUGAUUUGUGGCGCCGCCCUGCAAAAGGGCAGAAUGCUGACAGCUUCGCGAGACAGCACACGAACUCGAAUGAAUAUGCUUGUGAAAUGUAGAUCACGGUAGAAAACAGUAGAAACUUUCGGAAAAAGUAAGCAAAUUAGUAGAAUACUGGUGAGCAGUAGGGCUUGACGGAAUACGACGGACGAGAAUGGCUAGCUUUUGAAGGCUAGUGCAGAAAUGCAUUCGGAGUUGCCUUUGAAUGAGUGAUGGGAUAGUGCGAGAGCUUGAGAGAGUGCAAUGUUCGAGCGAGCAAUGGAAGAAUCAAUACGGCUGUGUGCUUAUAUUGAUAAGACCGGAGACAGUCAGUGGGGAGAGAACGAUUUACACUUGCAGUCCGAGACUGAUAGGCCGGCUAUCCUGGUUUAUCUUUAUGCUUAUUUUCCACCACCCUUGCUGACGCAAUGGACUCACCGUACUAAGGCUUAGAUACGCGACGAAUGAUGUGUUCGAUGGAAUUGUGUAGUGUCAUACAAAAGCCAGCUUGUCCAUGUUUGCGCCCAAGGGCGAAGGCGAUAACAGAUUGGUUGACUGUUGCCUCCCCUUUCCACCAACUGUGCGUCAGUUUCAAGAAGAACGUCAGUAACGUCAGUUUCACUUUAUAGAUCCACCCGUUCAGAUAACGUUGUGUAUAAUUAACUAUGCAGUAAAAGUCAUCCAAUAGCUUGAAGGUUUAGCAUCGAACCCUAAAACCUGCACACUGACUAUCGCCAUCUCGGCGACAUCUGGCCCAUUUUUGGACGUGAUGUGCCAUCAGUUGGUACAAAUAUGAAUCAUGCCGGCCGUUUCGCAGCACCAGAAUAUAUACAUACCAGUACACAUGAUCGUCUUUUGUAUUCGUUACGGGUCGAUAUGCUUGUUAUCUGUAUGUGAUUGCCCAUUGUCUGUGAAUGUGCUAUGUAUGCGCGCCUAGAGUAAGGACGCCGCUUAGAGCUAGGUGUGUAAAAGCAGUGCUUGUAUGUAAUUGUAUGCCAGCUGUACUGUUGUGGUCUUGAUGUGUUCGUGGCGCUCUGUGACUUAGACUAGACGCAUAUUUAAACGGUAAGGUCCAUUUGGGACCAGCCACGCCGACCGCGGUCCGACCAAGUGAACGCAGCCAUGUCCGACGAGGCCUACAGGCGGUGUUUUCAGACUGCUGCUUUGUAUUACAUACAAUUGUAUUUAGAGUGUAGACCGGUAGACGUCAUGUGUGUAAGCUUUUCGUAAUAAAUAUAGUGUGUAGAAA